GAGCAUGCACUGUUUCAGAUUACACACACAGUGAGAGGGAGAAAAGAGAAAGAAAAGGAGAGAAAAUCCCUGGGACUCCUUUCUUUUCUUGACGUUUAGUCGGGUUUAUGGAGCCUACGGGUCUGCAAAAUGAAGCUCUCCGCUGUUGCGAUAGUUCUCCUGACUAGAGUAUUUAUUGGAGAGCUGAGUGAUGCUUUAAAUGUGACCGUCACGCCUGGCCCAGUCAGCAUGUGUAUGGAGGGAGACAACAUCACUUUGUCCUGCUUAGUGUCUCAGAAGAAGAGAAGCAGCAGUGUUUUAGUUCUGCGCUGGCUCUACUUCCCCACCCCUGAAGACGAGCAUCUUGUGGUGAGGAUGGGCAUGAAGAAAGCCAAGUAUUAUGGCAACUACAGCAAGCUCUUUCCUCAGACCAAGUUUCUCCUUUGGGAAGAAAAUGAUGGACAGAUCUACCGUCUGCUGAUCAAAAAUGUGUCACUGGAGGAUGGGGGAAACUACACCUGUAAAGUGCAGGAAAUACGGAAACACAGAAACAAGUGGAGGGCCUCGUCCAAUGGUACAGGGAGCACGGAAUUACGAGUACAUCAUACACCGAGCACAGGAAAAGCUGAUGUCAUACGGCGAAUGUUUGAAGAUUUGUAUCUGUGUGCUGUGCUCAUCUGCUCUAUUGGUCUGGUCUGUAUGCUUGUCUUUGCCUUGACUAUCACAUGUCAGCAUCUGCAGCACAAACGAAGACUACGAGCCAGCUAUAACCUGGUCAAGUGUCCAGAAAACAGUUCAGGAGAGACAGUAACCAGUGUGUCCAGCUGCUCUCCUACAAUGCACAGAAAAGAGAAACGACACAAACCACAGUCCAGAGAAGUCAUUGAACCACCGCCACCACCACAGAUACCAGCUAAAGCACCUGCACCAAGAAAACCCCGCAGAACCAAACUUUUAAAGGCACAACCUACAAAAACGUCAAGGGUUUUAGAGGACAGUCUGACAUAUGCAGAGCUGGAGCUGGUGAAACCCAAGCCUGUGCUUAAAACAGACAUGACUGGAUGUGCACAACUUGAGCCUAAAACACACUGCAGCGGGACUGUAUACGCCCAAAUACUCUUCGUGGAGAAGCAAGUGUAAAUAUGUAUAUUAAACGGAAAUUAUUUAUGAGAUUUUGUUUUAUAUUUUGUACCUACAGUACAUACUGGAUGUGUUAGGUAUGCCACGUGUACUAGUUUUACUAGUAUAAAAUCUUUAAUACAACAGUAGCAUUUUCUUUUAUUAUGUAUGUGGGCACAUUAUUGUACCUAUGCAUUUGAUACCUUUUUUAAAGAAAAAAAUAAAAUGGUGGAUUUAUAUCCAAACAUGAAUCGUUUGAUUAUGCAUUUUUUAAAAAGAAAAAUAUGUAACAGUUUUAUUUUUUGCUGUGUUGUAUGAAAUAAAGAUUACUCCUCUAAAAUCAGAGGACAAUUCAGUAUGAGCAAAA